AUGGACCGGCCCGUCCAGACCGUCGAGUAUUCCACCGACGCCUACAACUCUCUCCCCAACGUCGCCUCCGCCGCCGCCGCCUACCGCGCCUGCCACGGCGACCUCCUCACGCGACAGCUCAUGCCGGACCUGUUCCGUCGGCACGCCGUCCAGGCCAACCUCGGCCUCGCCCUCCUCCACCGGCACCACCACCACACCGGCGCGCCCCCACUCGGCGCCGGCGAGAGCAUGACCGCGCUGAGCGGCACCAAGAGCCCGGCCCCGCGCCAGCUCGGCGUUCCCGCCGUCUGGCGUCUCGACGUCGCCGACGGCCACGUCAUCCCCGUCGAGUUCUCCCUCGAGGCCGCCCCCGUCGACUGGGGCGGCGACCGCCUCCAGGCAUUCGUCAAGGAGUUCGCGGCGGUGCUGCGGGAGCACAGCGCCGAGGCGCACUUUGGGCUCUGCCUGUACCCGGGAGACGGCUACCCGGGGCACAUCGAGGUCGAGGAUGGGCGCGACACCGUGGGCUUGUCGCCCGAAGAGGUAAAAUGCCCCGCCGUAUUCCGUUAG